UUUAUUAUGACUAAUAAGGAUUUGUAAUUAAAAUAUAAAUUUCUAAUAUUUUAUAAACCAUGGACGCCAUAGAAGCCCAAAAUCAAAUAAAACAAAUGAUUAAUUUUAUUUUAAACGAAGCUAAGGAUAAAGCAGAGGAAAUAGAGUCUGGAGCAAUUGAGGAAUUUAAUAUAGAAAAGAUGAACCUGUUUGAACAGAAAAAAGAUGAAGUUAGGUCAAAGAUACUAAAAAAUAUAAAUGAUCUCCGUCUAAAGAAGAUGAGGCAAAGAAACAUGGAACUUAAGAAAAUGAGUAAUAAUAUUUUAUUAUACCAAUGUGAAGUGGUUGAUGAAUUAAAGAACCUUGCAAUGGAGAAGCUUCACAACCUAUCACAAAAUCGCGAUGAAUAUAAAAAGGUUUUAACAAUGCUGAUUUUAUCAGGAUGUAUGUCACUUGAUUCUGAUAUUGUUUAUGUAAGAUAUAGACCGUCCGACUCAAAAGUCGUUGAAUCUACCCUAGGGGAUGUCAAAAAUGAAUAUGAGAAGCUUAUGGAGCUGAAAUACAAAGUUCCCAAAUCACUCACUAUAGAAUUAGAUAAAAAUAAUCAUUUAUCGGAGGAUGUUUUAGGCGUUGUUUUAACCAAUGAAGAUGGAACCAUAGAGUGUAAUUCUACCCUAAAUAAUAGACUGGAAAGAUGCUGUCGAGAAAUGAUACCACAACUUAAAUUAGAACUGUUCUCCACUGUUAACAGUAAAUAAUCUCUUGUACUUAAA